AUGAAAGACAACCGCUUGCCAAACCUACUACUGUUAGUGGUACUUGAUGCGGAGCCAGCGGCUACCUCUUUUCGGUGGAGUUUCAAUAGCACUCCAGGUAUCGCCAGGGACCUCACAGAGUUCACAGAGGAAGUACAAAGUACCAGCGUUCUCACGUAUAUGCCAAGAGUUGCAGCCGAUUACGGAACCAUUCAGGCAAUCAACAUUUCGACGCAAAUUCGUGGACUGAGCAUGUUCUUCCUCAGUGAAGCCGCCGGAGAUAACUACUUCAAGAUCGCCAAAGUUAUGUUGCAUAAUUCUCUAGGACAAAAACCUGCAUAA